UCUGUAAUACUAAAUAAAAUACUAAAAGAAAUGGAUUUGGAGUAUGACGAAAAUCUUGGAAUGUUGGAUGGUGAUUUGAUGUUGAGGAAAGACAUAUCUCAGUUGAAAUUAAACACACUAGUAAAUUUGAAAAACUUUGUUGAACUAUUGAAAAAAAGACUAUCAAAGAUAUCUUCUGAGGACUCUAAUUUGAUUCUUAAAAUAACAGAUGCCGAAUCUAAUGAUAAUCAAGCGAAAAAAAAUGAAAUUGAGAUUAAAAUAGAGGAAACAGAAUCGCUUGACAAAAAUACUACAUCUGAAUCCGAUGUGGCUAAUAAUUACAAUAGACUAUCAAAGAAAACAAAACAAGAUCGAAUAAAGGAUAAAAUAGAUAAUGACACCUCCUUGAUAAAUAAUGAUCCAGUAAAUACCACAUACCCAACAGAUCAUCUAAUAGACAUUUCCCAUUUUCCAGAUUCUUCACAUUCAAUUAAAAAUGACUCAAUUAUAGAAAUCCCCAAAUCUGAUUUUCUUGAUCCUCUUGUUUUGAACAUUGCAAAGGAAAGAUUGGAGUUAUUUGACGAAAGUAAAUACAUUGAUAAUAGAGAAGAAUAUGUGAAAAAGAGAUGUGGAAUUACAUAUUAUCCCCCAAACGAUUUAAAGGAUCAAUUGCCUGGAGAGAUACCUGAUUAUGAUUUCAGUUCAAUGAAGGCACCAACAAAUCAAAUACCUUAUAACACUUUUCAAACAUACAUUGAGGCUUAUUUUAGACCAUAUACAGAAGAUGAUAUAGAAUUUUUAAGCAAGAAAUUCGUCAUUCCGGACAAUUUAUUAGAAAACAAAAAUUAUAAUCCUAAAGUUAGUCCAUUUAUAACACCUAAAUUAGGAACACUAUACUCCAAAUUAUGGACGGAAGAAGACAAUUCAUUUGAUAAUAACAAUUCCAAUGUAAAUAAAAACAGUACCAUUGAAGAUGUCUUGAGAGAUAAAUUGAUUCCCAAAGGCAGUUCUGAACAAUUGACAGAUGAAUUAUUAGAAAAGGAUCAAGUUAGUUGCGGUCCGUUAGUGAGUAGAUUACUAUCAGCUAUUUUAAAACUUGAUAAUAAUGGAGACAAUAGUAUGAAUAGAGACAAUACCAAAGAUGAUGAUAGUAAUAAAGAUAAUAACAAUAGCAGUAAUGGAGAUAAUAUUAGUAUAUUUAGUAAUGAUCAACAAAAUUACAAAUUGCCAUCAAUAAAAACGGAUUACAAUUCAUUAGAAGAACGAGUAAAACGCGAAUUGAAAUAUGUUGGAGUGUUUAUGAAUCUUAAGAAUAAUAGUAUUAAUAUAAUAGAAGAUAGAGUGUAUAGUGAUAAUAAGAAUGGAGGGAAAAAAGAUGAAGGCAAUGAAGAAGAUUUUGAUUCGCUAUGGAUUAAAAAUCGACAAGAUGAUGAGAUUUCUGUUGAGUUGAGGUUAUUACAAAAGAAAUUGAAGGUUGUUAAUAAGAAGAACAACUUACGGAAAAAGGCACUAAUUCCCAAGAUCAAUUAUCUGUUGGCGUGGCAAGAGUAUUAUUCAAUUUUAGAAGAUUUGAGCAAACAAGUUGAUCAGGCGUAUAUUAAGAGAACGAAGGUUCCCAAGUCUAGAAGGAGGAAAGGUAAUCUAACACAUCAACAGAUAAUAAAUAAUGGAUUACGGUCGUUAUUGGAUAAGAGAAAUAAAUGGAUAAAUGACAUUGGGAUUAUAUUUAAAAGUUUAGAGGAGACAAUUGGAAUACCUAGUGAGAGCAUAUUUGAUAAGAAGAUUGAGGAGAUCAAUGAUGAUAAUAUCGAU